UUAAACGCUUCAACUCCUCAUCGAAUCUCUCUCAUAUACACAAGAUGGCUAGCUUAGUGAGUUUUCUUGCUUUCCAUUUUCUCUUCACCAUCUUUCAGUAUUCAUCACUUGCAGCCAAUGUUAAUUACAAUGUUCAAACAUUGGGAGCAAAACCCGACGGAAAAACUGAUUCCACAAAAGCAUUCUUGAGUGCAUGGACCUCUGCCUGUGCCUCUGGACAACCAGCCACCAUAUACGUGCCACCGGGAAGAUUCUUGCUCGGCACCGCAACUUUUGCCGGCCAGUCAUGCAAAAACCAGGCCAUAACGAUACAGAUUGAUGGCACUCUUGUAGCUCCAUCUAAUUAUAACGUUAUUGGAAAUUCUGGUACCUGGAUAAAUUUCGAAAGUGUAACGGGAGUUUCUGUCAUUGGUGGAACCUUGGACGCCCAAGGGGCUAAUUUGUGGGCUUGCAAAAAUUCCGGCAAGAGUUGUCCAACUGGAGCAACGACACUGGCAUUCUACAAUUCCAAAAACAUCAUGAUCAGUGGAUUGUCUUCAAUAAAUAGCCAGAUGUUCCACAUUCUGGUUUAUGGAAGCCAAAACGCCAAGCUGGUGGGAAUGAAGGUUUCAGCGCCAGGAAAUAGCCCGAACACCGAUGGAAUUCAUGUGGAGAAAUCCUCAAGUGUCACAAUUAUGAACUCAAAAAUUGGAACCAGCGAUGACUGUAUCUCUAUAGGCCCUGGCACCUCCAACCUGUGGAUAGAAAAUGUCGCCUGCGGCCCUGGCCAUGGGAUAAGCAUUGGGAGUCUAGGAUGGGAAAUGCAAGAACCUGGAGUGCAAAAUGUGACAGUUAAGUCAGUUACAUUUACAGGAACACAAAAUGGGGUGAGGGUGAAGACAUGGGCCAGGCCAAGCAAGGGGUUUGUUAAAUAUGAUCUCUUCCAGCGUCUUGUGAUGGUUAACGUCGAAAAUCCAAUAAUUAUUGACCAAAAUUAUUGUCCCGGUGGUCAAAAUUGUCCUGAUCAGGUUUCGGGUGUAAAGAUUAGUGAUAUAACUUAUCAAGACAUACAUGGGAGUUCGGCAACCGAAAUUGCAAUGAAGUUUGACUGCAGUAAAGGAAAUCCAUGCAGUGAUAUUAACUUGGAAGACGUUAAGCUGACCUACAAAAAUGAACCGGCUCAUUCGUCAUGCAUUAAUGCCGAUGGAAAGGCUUCUGGCUUAGUUCAACCCAACAACUGCUUGUAUAAUUAGAAAACAGAUUGAAGGAUUUAUAGUUGAACAAGAUUAUAGAUCAUAUACUAAAAGAUUAAGUACAAAAUUAAGAAUGAGUUUAGACACACAAUGUAUCCAAUAGAAUAAAUAAUUUCAUAUAAAUGAAA